AUGCUCUACAUUAUUGGACUCGGACUCGGUGAUGAAAAAGACAUUACCGUCAAGGGAUUAGAGGCAGUCAAAUCCUGUGAUGUACUCUUCCUUGAAUCGUACACUUCCAUCCUUCCUGGAAUUAAAAAAGAUCGUUUAGAAGAAUUCUACGGAAAGAAAAUUGAAGAGGCUGAUCGUUAUUGCGUCGAAUCGGAAUGUGAGAAGGUCAUCUUGGAACGCGCCAAAACCCAGUGUGUCGGUUUUCUCGUUGUUGGAGACCCAUUCGGAGCAACGACUCAUACCGAUAUGGUCAUUCGAGCUCGUGAAAUGAAUAUUCAAGUCGAAGUCAUUCACAAUGCUUCGAUCAUGAAUGCAGUGGGUGUUUGUGGAUUACAACUAUAUCAAUUUGGUAUUACCGUAUCUUUGGUAUUCUUUACAGAGAAUUGGAAACCUGAUUCGUUUUAUGAUAAAAUUAAAAAGAAUCGAGAAUGUGGAUUGCAUACAUUGUGUUUAUUGGAUAUUAAAGUGAAAGAACCAACAGAAGAAUGUUUACUGAAACCACAUUUAAAGAAAUACAUGCCGCCACGUUUCAUGACCAUUAAUCAAGCAAUUGAUGAAUUAUUAGAAAUUGAACACUUGAGAAAAGAAGGAGUUUACAAUGAAGAUACUUAUUGCGUUGGAUUGGCACGAGUGGGAGCUCAGGAUCAACAAGUUGUUUAUGGAACUAUGAAAGAAUUGAGAGAAUUGGAUUGGGGUGAACCUUUGCAUUCAUUGGUCAUUUGUGCUCCAGAUAAGGAUAUUCAUUUCUUGGAAAAGGAACAUUUGGAAUUUUAUAGUGUCAAGAACUAUUUGAAACGAAAACAGUAA